GAGCGUAACUGUGGAGUACAUGAGCUGAUCUGCGUCAGAAAAGUCUCUCCAGAGGUGCUGGGGUUUCUGACAGCCAUCGGUCUCUUCAUCAUCCUCAUGACCUUUCUGUUCUGGUACCUCAACAACAAGUUGGCACUAGACAGCCCAGGGAGCCUUCAGUGCCUUGAUGACUUGAGGAAGAAAAGCGAGCUGCAAGACAAGGCCUACACUGAUGCCAACCUGCAGGGCUCGUCAUCAGACAGCGAGGAUGAAGUGAUGGGUCAGUACCAGGAGGCCGUCAGCCGCUCCCAGGGCCUGCGGGGAGGAGCUAAGGCCGCUAACACCAAACACAGCGGAGGGUUCACCUGGGAGAGCCGGCACAAGUACAGCGCGCUCACGGCGGACUAUGACGGGUACAGCAGCGAAGCCUCAGCUGAUGACGCCAACUGCAUCCAGAGGAUGCGCCGAACUCCGCCGCUGGAUGAGCUUCAGCCUCCGCCCUAUCAGGAUGAGAACGGCUCUCCCAGGAUGUCCUGCACGCUGUCGGACCUGGGAGACGCAAAGUGUGAUCUGUCCUACACCAGCGGCAGUCCCCACCUGUCUUUUGGCAAAUGCCCCAGUGAGUGCAGCGACGGCCACGACUCUGAGAGUAACUUCCACAAGGGCUACGAAGAGGACGUACCCAGUGACAGUACAGCUGUCCUCAGCCCAGAGGACAUGUCAGCCCGUGGAUCAGCAGCUCAGCUCCCUAAAGGUUAUGAACCAGAUUCAGUUGCCAAAUAUGGCACUCUGGACGUUGUGUUUGACUUUGACUCAGACGACCAGCAGCUGGCCAUUACCAUCAUGGCAGUGUCGGAUCUUCCCGCCUUGAAACGCACGGGCAACAUCUCCUGGCAGGUCCACCUGGUGCUGCUGCCCACCAAGAAGCAGAGAGCCAAGACAGGAAUCCAGAGAGGCCCCUGCCCAAUCUUUAGCGAGACCUUCCGCUUCAGCCACGUGGAGUCAGAGAUGAUCAGCAACUACGCCAUCCGAUUCCGCCUUUACAGUAUGAAGCGGAUGAAGAAGGAGAAGGUGCUCGGGGAGAAGAUGUUCUACCUUACCAAGCUCAACCUUCAGGGCAAAAUGUCUGUGCCCGUCAUAUUGGACCCAUGCUGUGCUCUCACGGGUGGUGAUUCCCAGGUCAGCCUUUCCGAUAUGACGUGCAGUGAGAGCGCCUCAUCAUUCCAGUCUGUCAGUCAGACCUCAACACCGGAGAUCCUCGUGGGCCUGGUGUACAACGCCACGACAGGACGUCUCUCCGUGGAGAUCAUCAAAGGCAUCCAUUUUAAAAACCUGGCAGCCAACAAGCCACCCAACGGGCUGUUCUGUUGUCUAAAACACUUGAUAGGUGGACAGGUUUAUAUAAUCAGAGAUACAUAUGUUAAGCUGACCUUACUGAACUCCAUGGGCCACGAGAUGUCCAAGUGUAAGACAUCCAUCUGUCGAGGACAGCCCAACCCAACGUACAAAGAGACGUUUGUCUUCCAGGUAGCUCUUUUCCAGCUAUCAGACGUCACGCUCAUCCUCUCCGUCUACAACAAGCGCAGCAUGAAGCGUAAGGAGAUGAUCGGAUGGAUUUCGCUCGGCCUCAACAGCUCCGGAGAGGAGGAGCUCACCCACUGGACUCUGAUGAAAGAGUCUAAAGGACAGCAGGUUUGCCGCUGGCACAGUUUGUUGGAGUCCUAACGGCAAGAGAACAAGUGAAGAGUGAGGGUAACUGGACAGAGCAUUUUUAUUUCCCAGAUGGGUAAGAAAUGGAUAUGUUAAGCUGGAAUCGAUGAAUGUGAAAGACGUCCAAUGAACCAGUCAGUGGUGGUGAAGGAAAAGACACAAAACAACGCAUGUCUGCACUUUGCACAAUAUAAGCAUUUUCAUGGCACUGUUUGAAAAUUCGCUGAUAGCCGUUGAUUAGUAGUACGGCUAGUAAUGUGAUUUAUUCUUAUGGACAGCCAAGUGAUGACCUACAGUAAGCUUCUGUUUCAAAGAGCAGAUUCUGAGUAAAUUCGCGAGGGAUAAUUUUGUGUAUACACACCUCAAGCUCACACAACUGACACCAGGAUUAUCUGUCAUUUUACUAAAGAGGUUUACAAUGUGAAACAUCAGUUUUGUUGUUCUUCACGUUUACUACAACUUUAUGUCAUGAAUUUAAAGGUUCACCAAGAAAAUCUUUCUAAAUUUACAAUCCAGAACUUUUCAAAUUAAAAGUAGAACGUUUUGAAAUAGACUUUGCCCCACCAUUGUUAAAGGCAUUGAGGCCCUAAUAUCAUAUUUACAAUACUUCUACUUUCCAUGAAACUCACGUGUUCUUGCUCCCUGUUUUUCUUAAUUGGUUUAAAGUGUUCGUGGCUUACUUAGAAGAUGGUGAUUUCAGGCAAUAAUUCAAUUACAUUUGUGGGAUUGUUUGCUUUUGUUACCAGGACCUCAAAUAAACCAUGCCCACAUUUUUCAGUGGCUAACUCUUAGUAAAUAAUAUCAAAAAAUAUCAUUUGGGCCAGUGUGUAGUUUUCAGGGGAUAUACUUACAUAAAUCAAGUAUAGUAUUCAUAUCUAUGUUUUAGUGUAAAAUCACCUGAAACAAGGAAUUAUUUUAGUUUUUUCGUGAGUUUAGAAUGAGCUCUGUGUAUCUACAUUAAGAGUGGGACUUCUUCGUUCGAGUCCGCCAUUUUGCAUCGCCAUGUACGAGAACGGACAGUGGCUCUACAAAGGCCAUCAUAGUUCUCCAACACGCUUGUAUAACUUGUUCUGCCAGUCGCCACAUUAAUUGUGUUGCUCCUAUAGUACAGUUAUGUCAAGGUUGAGCAAGGAGCAAGGUGAAGGACCUGAGAGUUUCUACGAUUUGCACUUACCGUCCUUUUUACCACAGUUUCGUAAAGACAUUGGUUAAUGGAAUGGUAUUCAGUUGGUUGCAAUCUGGGUAUAGCCAAAUCUUAACACUUUCCCUUUAACUGAGACUUUUGCUUAGUGAUAAAUUCAUAUUUAUUGAUUCAGGGAAGUGCUUUUUUAUCACGUUUUACGGGGUUUAAACCUUUUUCCUACCCCUGACUGGCUUGCUGAUUGUAGCAACUUCCUGUUACAUCAGUAAACAGGGCAGCACCUGUGCCAUGCUUUGCCUCAGAGAAAACAACACCACUAGUUCUUUUGAGUGUGAAUUUCUUCUGUUUAAGCAGGAGAUGUGGACCUUAAGCUACUAUCAAUGCUGCUAGCUACCUUUUUCGUCAUGUGUCAAUCCAGCCCAAUCACA